AUGAAAGAUGGCCUUGCUGAAGUCCUUGUUGAUUGUUUUUUAGAGUGGAACAUUGAUAGGAAGUUGUUCAUAAUAACUGUUGAUAAUUGUAGUACUAAUGAUGCCAUGAUAAGACUUCUCUUGAAUAAGCUUGAUACUAAUUCUCUUAUGUUGGGUAGGUCUAUGUUGCAUAUGAGGUGUGCUGCACAUAUUUUGAAUUUGAUUGUUCAAGAUGGGUUGUCUUUUAUUGGUGAUGGUAUUGAAAGGAUUCGUGAUAAUGUGAUUUAUUGGACUGGAUCACCAAAAAGGAGGCAUAAAUUUGAAGAAAAUGCACGUCAAUUGCGUGUUCAAUGCACCAAAGAGUUAGUCUUAGAUUGUAAAACUCGUUGGAAUUCAACUUACUUAAUGCUUUCUACUGCAUUGAUUUAUAAAGAUGUUUUCUUACAUUUGGCUAAACGUGAAAUAUCUUAUACUUGUUUACCAUAUGAUUAUUAUUGGGAGUUAGCCAAAGAUAUUUGUGGGAGGUUGGAGUUGUUUCAUAGUGCAACUGAGUUUUUCUCUAGUCGUAAGUACCUCACAACUAAUAUGUAUUUUACUUUGGUGUGUGAGUUGAAAAUUGCAUUAAAUGAAUGGAGUUUGUCUUCAAAUGAGAUGAUAAGUACGACGGCAAAAAGCAUGCUUGCUAAAUUUAAUUCUUAUUGGGCUAAUAUUAGUGUUGUUAUGGCUAUUGCUGCCAUCUUAGAUCCAAGAUAUAAGAUGAAGUUAUUAGAGUUUUAUUAUCCUAACAUUUAUGGUGAUAAUACUGAUUUGAAGAUUGAAAAAAUUAAGAAUCUUUGUUACGAUUUGUUUGAUGAGUAUGAAGAUAUAGAUGAGUCCCCUGUAGAUAAUGAAGGAAAUUCUCAUAUUCCUACAAGUACUUCAAGCCCUGUGGCACAAAUGAAGUUUAGGUUGAGUGGGGCAAUGUCAUCUUUUGAUUUAUUUGUGAACAAUAGUUCAAAGAAACAUGGAAGUGCUAGAAUGGAAUUUGAUCAUUUCAUUGAUGAGGGAGUGUUGAAGAGGAGUGAAGAUUUUGAUAUUUUGGGAUGGUGGAAAAGUAAUGGUCUCAAGUAUCCUACUUUACAAAGGAUUUCAAGAGAUAUUUUAGCCAUUCCUAUCACAAUUGUUGAUUCAGGAUCUGCCUUUAGCACUAGUGGGAGACUUUUAAGCCCACACCGGAGUAGGCUAUAUCCCAAGACUAUAGAGGCAAUGAUGUGUUCUUCAACUAUAUCUGGAGAUUGUACAUUUCAAUCAAUUCUUGAUAAUGGGGAGCCUAAUGAAGAGGAUGGGAGUUGUGUUACAAUUGUGGAUGAUUAG